AUGCACAUCGAGGAACGGAAGCUCAUGCACAAGGCCCAAAAAGUUGGGCAGUUCACUGACUUCGCUUUUCUCUGCAACGGCACAAAGAUUCCCGUGCACAAAGUCAUAGUCUGUGCACAAUCCAAAGCUUUCUAUGCCGCUUGUGCUAGUGGUUUCCAGGAAGCCACAUCUGGAGUCUACGACUUGAGCGAUUACCCCCUGGAAUUUGUCGAGUUGAUGGUCAACUACCUCUACGUCGGGUACUACGAAGAUUCGAAUCGAGAUGCGCCCAAGCUGCCCCUUUCGACGCACCUGAUGAUGAUGCUCUUGGCAGAAGAGUAUCUCAUCCAGGGCCUUAAAUCGGAGGCGAAGUCUUCGUAUAUUCGCCGACUCAAGCAGAAGGAUGUCCAAAUGGAAGACUUUCUCCAAUCGCUUCCGGAUCUUUAUCAACUGCCAGUAGCGGUCUCCAGGGACGUUAUCGAUGCGGCCGUCGCCCACACGAUGGAGGCUGUGCUGCCUUGCAUAUGCAGUAAUGCAAACAUGAGAGUGGUCGACCAGAUAUUUGACGCUAGCCAUGAGUUCCUGAAGGAGAUGAUGAUGUCCAUCAUGAGUACACCUCUACGAUCGAGAUGCAGCGAUUGCAGCAAACAGGAUAACCCAGCAAACAGCUCACAGGAAUCACAACGUUCUAGUCAAACACAUGUUCCUAGUGCUGGAAGUCUUUUUGCACCCAGCCCUGGAAUAAAUACACCUAGUACUGGCAGUCUCUCUACAUCUAGGUCUGGAACAAAUCCUCGUCCUGCUGAUGGUCUUUUUAAGACUACAACAAAUGCUCCUAAUACCGGCAGUCUCUUUGCAUCCAGCUCUAGGACAAAUCCUCCCCCUGCUGGCGGUCUUUUUAGGUCUGCAACAAAUGCCCCUAGUGCUGGUAGUCUCUUUGCAUCCAGCUCUGGAACAAAUCCUCCUCCUGCUGGCUGUCUCUUCGGGUCUAGCUCUGGAACAAAUGUUUCUAGUCCUGUCGAUCUUUCUACACAGAGACUUGCAACAAGUGUUUAUAAUGCUACCAGUGCUGCUUUGCAAAAACGCCUUGAAUAA